GAACUCUCUUUUUCCUUUUCAAAAACUUUACCCAUGCAUAAACUAAUAAAAGAGGGCACAGUACGUAGUGGAUUGACACAAGGCAUUGAAUAUGAAGGCUGGACCAUCAUUAGCAAAAAGUCGCCCAUUUGUAACUCUACGGAAAUGGACAAUCUUCAGAAAGACCUCGGUUUACCACCACCUGAAAUGGUUUUUGGCAAUAAUACCGUAACGAUUUCUAAAAACAACCAGACGAUCCUAACAUUCAAUGCUCGCGAUGCGCUGGCGCUGGUCGAACACAGUGACAAUAAUAUUAAAGUCGCUUAUGCAGCCGAGUGGGCCAGGAACAGUACGCGUUCUGACGUUAAAGAUGUUGUCAAGCCAUAUGAUUGGACAUACUCAACUACAUACAAAGGCACGGGUGACGGGUUUCAAGAUGCAGAGCAGCCGGCAGUGGAUGUGCAUCGAUUACAAAAACAAGAACCGAUUUUGUUUUAUGAUGAGGUGAUUUUGUAUGAGGAUGAAUUGGCUGAUAAUGGAACAACACUGGUGUCCAUCCGGCUGCGGGUCAUGCCAUCAUGCUUUCUGGUUUUACUGCGCAUGUUUCUACGCGUAGAUAAUGUUGUAUUUCGGAUAAAUGACACGCGAAUCUACCAUGAAUUCGGAUCGCCCUACGUUGUACGCGAGUAUACAUCUCGAGAAGACCGGUUCCAAACCGUUUUCAAUAAAUUACCAGCUGCAAAAAGCGACGUGUCACUCCUUGGCGAUCCUAAUUGGGUCGCGUCCAAACUUCCUCCACCUACUACAUUUACUAGAGAAAGACUCAGUCUGUAGGAUUUGAUGUACAUAUACAGUGUCUUAUUACAUGACUCUAUUUUUUAUGGCCCCAUCCAAUGGAACUCCAGUAGGUCUAGGGUACGAAGUUCAAAUAUAUUAAGAUAAAAUUACAAUGGAG